GGCGUUCAUCUCACUGGGCCGCUCGGUUCUAGGAGCCGAUCCGGGGCAGCGGGCGGAGAACACUGGGUCACGCCGCUCCCGGGUAGUCUGUUCGCCAGCCCGUCUGCCCGCGCUUCGCGGGCCCUGCCGGUCAGGAUCAGAUCAACCAUUGACUUGCCCUCUAACACAGUCAGCUGAAAGCGACUUCACGUUUCUUCAGGAUGCCUGCGGCACUUGUGGAGAACAGCCAGGUCAUCUGUGAAGUCUGGGCCAGCAAUCUAGAAGAAGAGAUGAGGAAGAUCCGAGAAAUCGUGCUCAGUUACAGUUAUAUUGCCAUGGACACAGAAUUUCCAGGUGUUGUGGUGCGACCCAUUGGUGAAUUUCGUAGUUCCAUAGAUUACCAGUAUCAGCUUUUACGGUGCAAUGUUGACCUUUUAAAAAUUAUCCAGCUGGGCCUUACAUUCACGAAUGAGAAGGGAGAAUAUCCUUCUGGAAUCAACACUUGGCAGUUCAACUUCAAGUUCAACCUCACAGAGGACAUGUACUCCCAGGAUUCCAUAGAUCUCCUUGCUAACUCAGGACUGCAGUUUCAGAAGCAUGAAGAGGAAGGGAUUGACACAUUGCACUUUGCAGAGCUGCUUAUGACAUCAGGAGUGGUUCUCUGUGACAAUGUCAAAUGGCUUUCAUUUCACAGUGGCUAUGACUUUGGCUACAUGGUAAAGUUACUUACGGAUUCUCGUUUGCCAGAAGAGGAACAUGAAUUCUUUCACAUUCUGAACCUUUUCUUCCCAUCCAUUUAUGAUGUGAAAUACCUGAUGAAAAGUUGCAAAAAUCUUAAGGGAGGUCUUCAGGAAGUUGCUGAUCAGUUGGAUUUGCAGAGAAUUGGAAGGCAGCACCAGGCAGGCUCUGACUCACUGCUAACGGGAAUGGCAUUCUUCAGGAUGAAAGAGUUGUUUUUUGAGGACAGUAUUGACGAUGCCAAGUACUGUGGGCGGCUCUAUGGCCUGGGCACGGGAGUGGCCCAGAAGCAGAACGAGGACGUGGACUCUGCCCAGGAGAAGAUGAGCAUCCUGGCGAUCAUCAGCAACAUGCAGCAGUGAUGGCGGCGAGGCUCUGCGGGUGGGCCUGGCCCCAGAGCGGUGCUUAAUGUGCUGACUGUGUACACUUAUAUUCCUCCCCAAGAGAAGACGCGUCUUUUGAGCAAACUGUACCUACCACCUGCGCUGACAGAAAGACUUUUGUUUUACUGAAGACAAAAGAUGUCUUUAUUUUAGAUCCAGAAGAAGGGAGUUUGCUCUGAAUUUGUAAACACGUCUUCCCUAUUCCUCAUCCCUAAGCCUCUCUUCUCCAGUUGCCUCCUGCCACCAGCAUCCAUGGCUCAUUUGACACCUUCUAAAAUCCAGGACAAGUCAGAAACAAACUAGUAAAAUGUAUAUAACUCUUA